AUGGCGCCUCGCACAGCUCCCGUCCUGUCCCAGCUCGCGGCGCCUCUCGCCCUCCUCCUUCUCCUCCUGGUGCUCGUCCCUCUCCGCUCCUCGCUCGCCCUCGAACUGGGUUUCCCCUCGCUCACCUCGGACUUCCGCCCUCCUCUCGACGUGCAAGGGCGUCCGUCGGAGGGACGCGAGGCGCCACGACAGGGCCUGUGGUCCUACACCCGACAUCGGCCUCAGAAGAAGCGGCAGUUGGACGAGCUGAUCCCCGGCCUCCUUCGCCACUACUCUGAGCAGGAGGUGGAGGCCGCCUCCAGGUCCGAGUACAGGGCAGUGCCCUCCCCCAUCGUGCACACGUCCCAGAUGCUGCACCGCGGAAUCAACUGCACUGCGCUCGACUCCAACCUCCACGAGAACCACAUCAAACCCGAGCUUCAGCUGCGCCCCGACUGGAUCCACGUUUCCGAGCUCAUCGGAGACUGUCCCACCCAUUACGUGGCCCGGAAGCUGCCGCCCAUGUACUCCCCGGCGGUGGUCCUGGAGGCCGUGUGCACGUGCGAGGGAUCCCAGUGCUCCAGGGACGGACACCAGUGCGUGUCGGUGACCCGCCACAUCCCCGUGUGGGUUCGUCGGGGACCCAACAUGCACGUGUUAGACGUGGAGGAACUGGCGGUGGCGUGUGCCUGCGUGAGGAGGCCCAGCGUCGGAGGGAACUUCGUCUUCAGCCCCGUCGUCUACAGCUAG